AAUACGUCGAAUACUCGCGUGUCCUAUACGUGUGUUAUUGCAUGUUAGCGGCAUCUGUUGGAACUUGGAAAUAGGCUCGCUAUAUAUAUACACACGAGUGUAUUAUUGGCAAUCGUAGCUAGAACAGAAAGUUGAUAAUAUACGCGAGAGCUACAGUACAACGAGUUUCUUAAUUCUCACAUUUCUCAAAAUUUCCUUUAUCCGUUUUUUUCCGUUGGUGGCGUAAUUAUGACCAGUAGUGGCGAGAGAUCGAAGUACGUCGUAUGAUGUGAAGGAUCCGAGAUCAGUUAAAAUAGUGCGCACUUAUAAUAUUUUUGUCCGUACAUCUCAGCCAAAAAAGGAAAAAAAAAAUGAGUGACAGCUGUAGUGGUGCCGAGGAGUGCGCAGUAAACAAAAAAAAUGAACAAAAUGUGUCAACAGAAUUAAGUACCUCUGUAUCAUCUGAAUCUCAGAAGGAUGAUGCAGAUAGUUUCGAAGAGCGCUCGUCUUGUGAAGACUGGACCAUCAUUGACAAAAAAGAAUCUACAUCCAAUAGUAUAUCUGACUUUAACAUUGAAAAAGAAUUAGAAGGCCCAAAUGAAACUGUAGUUAGUGAAGAAGCUUGUGAUACAAAAGAGAGUAUUAAAGUUGAAAUUGAACAUGUCGAGCAAGGAGAAGAAGCUGGAGAAAAAGAACUUGAGUCAGAUGAUGUAUCAAUAAUAUCAGAUGAAAGCGAAAUCGAUCAGAUACCAUAUGAAGAAGGAAGAGUUGAGAGGAUAGAAUGGCAAGUCAACAGAAGAAAUUCUGUUGAAGAGAUUGUUGCAAGAAUUGAUGACUCCAAUGAUGCAAAUAUAUCUGUUCAUGCAUUACUGAUAUGUUCCGUAGUUGCUUUGAUCCUUGGUGUUUUGAUCGCAGGACAUAUAGUAGAUUUCCAUAAUGAAAAAGCAUCUUAUGCUAUGAUUCCUGAAAUGGAAGCAAAAAUUAAAAAACUAAAUGGAAUAGAGGAAAAAUUAAGAGAACUAAAAGAAGUUAAAGUAGCAAUUGAGCAAAUAAAAAUCAGCAUGCCAGAAAUGCAACUGUUACAAAAGAAAUUUGAUGAUAACAUACGAUACGAUAAUGGAAAAAUCGUAGAUAAUCCUAGAGGAGACAUCAAGUAUGUUGGUAAACCAGACAACUGGAUUUGGGAUGAUCUUGCAAAUAACUUCGCCCAUAAUAAACUUGAAAUUUUAAAAGCUACUUACCAAAACUUUUGUUCCAAUGUUAAUCAACUCAAUUCUUCAGUCUGGUUCUUUGAAAACUGCAAAACACCAAAAAUUUUAUCUGAUAUAUCUUUAUUUAAAAAUAAUUUGAAAGAAGCAUUCGAUAAAACACAACAAAGAAAAAAUCCUGAUAAACUAAUGUUUGUUAAUAUUGAGAAAAAGAUAAAUGCAAUAUCUGACUCAUUAAUAUCAGACUUUUCAAUCAUGUUUGCACGCUUUACUCUAAAGAUUGAAGAAAAAUUUUCCAAGUUUUCUAAAAAACUACAGAAACGAUUAUGUGACCUAUCCAAUAAUGGGGAAUCAGACGAUGAAUUUUUAAACAUAGUAGUAAACACUGAAUAUAUUUCAAACCAUUGCAAAGAUAUAGAUGACGGUAGCUUUGAAAGAUACUCAAAAUUCAAUUCAACUUUGAAAGAAAAAAGAAAAGUGGAAUCUUCUGAAACACCAAAAAUAGUUGCUACAGAAAAGUUGCUAUUUGAACAUCAAAAUGAAAAUAAUGAUAAAAACUCUCGGGAAAUUCAUGCAUAUGAGAAAGAUAAUGAUGAAGAUUUGACUAUAAAUGAAUCAGUAAAUAGACGAGGUGAAGUAAAAUAUGAUAAUAACUGGAAAAAUGACGAUCAUUACAGCAAAAAUAAAUACUCCCAAAAUAACGAUAAGUAUAAUAACAAAGUUGAUGCAAAUAAUAGGCGAAAAAAUUCAGAAAUGUCAAGUGACUCUAAUAAUUCUUCCAAAAAUUAUAAAAAAAAUUCUUAUAAAAGCAAAUACGAAAAGAAACAAAACGGUACCGAAGAUAAACAAGAGAGUAGUACAGAGAAAAAUAUCCAAGGACCGGAACGGGACUAUAAAACGAAUGAAUAUAGGAUGUGGAGGGGUAUCCUUUAUGAUGAAAAUUUAAAUUUAAACAUGUAUAGAGUAAAUCAUGAAAGGAACAAUUAUGCACGCAGAAAAGAUUAUGACUCUGAUAGUAAAUUUUAUGAAGCUAAUAAUAUUUAUCAUCCUGAAUUUGAUCAAACAUUCGAAAAGUAUUUGAAAAAUGAUUAUUACUAUAAACAAGAAAAUAAAAAAGAUCGUGUACUUGAUAAAAAUUACAAAAAUUACAAAAAUCACAAAAACUCAAAGGAUAAUACUGACUCGAAAUACUUUGAAAACGUUGAUCAAGAAGGCGAUGAGCGCAGUGAAAAGUAUAACGAUAAGAAGAGGUACAAACAAUAUGAAACAGAAUUCCCAAAGCAGGAGAAUUUUAAAGAAUCGAAGUAUACCAAGUAUCAAUCAGGUCCACUUAAUACUAAAGAUACAAAUCAGAUUAGCGGCGAUUGGCAAAUGCAGAGGGGCGAAAGCCGUGAGAAGCUUCGAAAUCCUGAUUGGUAUUUUGUCCGAGCAGAUUCUCGCCGGAAGAAUCGGUAUCAACCUUCAUCCUAUCCGAGACCCAAGUUGCAGCGAGAAGAGGAAGAAAAUAAAAAGAAUAAAUAUCCACAAAGACCUCCUCGUUACUAUGUAGAUGAUAAUUAUGUUCUUUAUGAUCAUACAGAUACAGAUAGACCACAAGAACCAAACGAAGAUAAAUUCAGACGCCAAUGGAGACGAUAUUAAAUAUAUUGUUAGAAAUGUUCGUGUUCUUAAAUGAAGGAAAAUUUAUAGGAAUAUUUUUAAUGAACCACGAUAUUUCUUCUUAUUAGUAUCACUAAUUCGACUCUACGUAAUUCAUGCGAGUAUUUAAGGUUUUUUUAAUCACAAAAAACAAACUUUGGUUACUUCUCAGUAUGAUUUAUAAAAAAUUCCUGUGCUUUGCUUUCGAUGAGCUUGUGCCUUCUAGUUUGCUGUAUACUUGUUUCUGGUUGGAGAAGCUCAUUGAUCUGAAAUAUUUGUAAGAAUUCAAAAGUUUAAAUACUCGAUUCAGUUUCAAAAAGUUGGAUAGAACCAAUAUAAAAUUUUUGACAAUAUGUAUUUUGGUAAUUUUGCUUGCUACAUAUUGGACUUGAUUGGACGCUCAUAUGAAAAAUAUGUUGGAACUAAAAACUAAAACUAACUUGAAUGCCUUGAUCAUUGAAAAUUUUGAUCAAUUGAUAACUACAUUAAAGUACUGGAUAAUUUAUUAACUUUACUUGUGCUAAUUAUCACACAUUGAUUAAUGAUAUAUUUUUCAUACUUUCAUUUUCCUCAUACCCUCUCGACUACGUUGGGUUGGUGCGUCAGGAUUCAAAUGUAAAAGCUAUUUAUCUAAAAUCUCGUAUAUUCAAAACCGAAGUAUAAAUCUUAACGUUUUGGUUCCCUGAAAAUUUCUCUAAAUAAAAAGUAUUUUUUUUUUAAAUUUUAAUAUACGUAACACUAGCCUAAAAAGGUAGAAUAUGUUACGCGCAUCUUUCAUACAAUAUGAGGUAGAUCAUAAAAUUGUGUAUUGCUCGACGAAUUCUAUUUUUUACAGCUUGUGUUAUUUCUGUUGCAAUAAUUAUGACGCUAUAUUAAGAGCUUGUUCAAUAUUUAAUAAAAUUAUACAUAAAGAUAAUUAUGAACUACGAUUUCAGAAUUUUUGAAUUAAAAAAUUCUGAGUCAAUACCACUUGAUAGUUUUAUAAAUAUUAAUUAUUUGUCAAACUGGAGAUAAUUAUGUAUUCAUUGCAAGAAAUUAAGCACGCAGUUGUUUAUUAUUUUGAAAUAACUUAAAAAUUGCUUGAUCAAUUGCAAUUCGAUUUUUAUCAAUUACGAGAAAAAAAUUAUGUAUAGUUUACGAUUUUUCUUAAAAUGAAAAUUAUUGUAUAAUAAGAAGUAGGAUAUACAGAUCGUUUGCUGUGAAAAUGUAGUUACUUGUUCUUAAGGAAAUAUAUGGACAAAAAAUUUAUACAUUGAUGUGAUUAAUGUAAAAAACGUGUACUAUAAGUAUUCUAAAAUAUAAUUAGCAAGAGCCAGGUAUUAUUUGUUCCAAAGUACCUUAGAUCUGUACAAGAAAUGAAGUAAUUAAAAUAAUGGAAAAACUAAUCAUUGA